UCAGAUGAGAUAGGGCGAUGCGGAAGUCAUAGUUCCGUUCACUUCAGUUCAGUCUGAAACUCGUGGUAGCGGCAGAACGGUCACACGCUUUCACACCUCAACACCUCGACCAAACCGGCUUUGCCUCAUCCACGAAAAGGAGCAUCAUGAGCAGCAACUACAGUGUCUCCCUGGUUGGCCCCGCCCCCUGGGGCUUCAGACUGCAGGGAGGAAAGGACUUCUGUCUGCCCCUCACAAUCUCACGGCUGACCGAUGGGGGCAAGGCAGCCAAAGCCAGAAUGAGUGUGGGAGAUGUAGUUCUGUCGAUCGACGGCAUCGCCACCAACAGCAUGAACCACCUGGAGGCCCAGAACAAGAUCAAAGCCUGCACAGACGACCUCAACCUCACCCUGCAGAAAGCUUCCAGUGUUCCCAAGGCGGAUGCACCAAAGAACGAACCGCUGGAGAUCAUUAAGCCUGUGCCAAUCACCUACCCAGCCCCGCCAUCCACAUUCACCAGCCCCUCCCCUCAGCCCAGUGCUGCCUACAAUAAGACGGCCCGCCCCUUUGGCGGGGGCAGCAGUGUGGGUGUGGUCACUACCUCCCUGACUGCCCCAAAAGUGGCCUCAAUCCCUUCUGCAUCGUCUGCUUUCACCCCCGCUGCCCCCUCCUCCCAGCAGCCCCAGCCUCCCUUCCCACUAGGCAGCCACCCCCGCUCUCCAGCCCCACCCAUCGCAGCCCAACCCAGCUCAGCCCCACCCACCAGACCCAGCUCUGGCCGUUCCCCCUUCACCACCACCUCCUCGUCCUCCUCUUCCUCCCCGGCCAGAGUGACUGCCCCCUCCUCCAAUCCUGGUGCUCCGCAGUCCUCUUGCUAUAACACGCCCAUCAACCUGUACUCCAACGCCAACGCCUGUGAGGUGGCCAUAGGACAGAGGCGGGGCCUGUUGGAAGCCCAGGGUGUGGUAGUCGACCAGAUCAAAGACCAGUUCAACGGGAACAGAGUUGAACCAGAGUUGAACCAUGCCUCACCACUCAGCGAGGCCAGUAAGAAGCGUAUGAUCGAGGACACGGAGGACUGGCAUCCUCGCACCGGCACCUCCCAGUCCAGGUCCUUCAGAAUCCUGGCUCAGAUCACUGGCACAGAGAACGACCAAGCCCAGGAGAACAGCACUGGAAAGAAAGAAGUUGUUGAGGAUGCCCUGCCCAGUGCUCACGUCACAUCAGUGAAGACCAUGACCAAAGUCCCAGGAGCCCCCAGGAACGGUGUCCCCCCACCCACCUUCAAGACCCCCUCUGCCCAGGUCAAACCCUCCUGGCCGGCUGGAGGUUCAGCAGGUUUCCCUAAGGGUGGAGCGGCGCCCUCUUUUGGCCGGGUCAGCAACACUGCACCGGUACCCAAAGGUCCUGACCGCCCUGCUCCCCAGGCGCACCCCAAGGACCAGGACUCCCUGGUGCAGCGGGCCGAACACAUCGCAGCAGGAACACGCACACCCAUGUGUGGCCACUGUGACAAGGUCAUCAGAGGUCCGUUCCUGGUGGCCAUGGGUAUGUCGUGGCACCCUGAGGAGUUUAACUGUUCCCACUGCCACACGUCUCUGGUGGAGUCGGGCUUCGUGGAGGAGAGGGGAACAGUGUACUGUGCUCACUGCUAUGAAGAGUUCUUUGCCCCUACCUGCACCAGCUGCAAGCAGAAGGUCCUGGGGGAAGUCAUCAAUGCCCUGAAGCAGACCUGGCAUGUGUACUGCUUCCUGUGUGCAUCCUGCCAGCAGCCAAUCAGAAACAACACCUUCCACAUGGAGGACGGGCUGCCAUACUGUGAAAGAGAUUAUUACCAACUCUUUGGUACCAGUUGCCAUGGUUGUGACUUCCCCAUCGAGGCAGGAGACAAGUUUCUGGAGGCGUUGGGAUUCACCUGGCAUGAUACCUGCUUCGUAUGUGCAGUCUGCAGCACCAGUUUGGAGGGCCAAGCCUUCUUCUCUAAAAAGGACAAGGCCCUGUGCAAGAAACACGCCCACACAGUCAAGAUCUGACCCGCCCCCAGGAGUGAAGAACAGAGGAAAACGGAGAAAGAAUCUAUUCUAUCAGAUGUAGAUAUUUUUGGUAGUUUUAAAAGAUCGAUUUAUCUGAUGACAUUUAUUGAUGGGAAUAUAAGCUUUAGAUCUUAUUUUGGUCAAACAAAGUGCAUGAAGGAAAGAAGGUAUCAUUUUUCGUGAAAUCUCAAAUUGACAUGUUGAAAUGUUCUCGACAUACAAGAGCUUGUCUAUACUGUAGUUAGGUGAACAGACAUGUAUAAGAUAGAUACUCAAGUAGCGGCCGUGGCCAUAUCUGGCUCAUGACAUUUCCUGUAGCCCUCAACAUUAAUUAAUGUAAUAAAUCCAAAAUCCACUACAUACUGUAUGAUCCCAUAUAAUUGAUGUAGUUAAGUUAAUUAAAGAGUUAUGUUGGUAGAUGAAUGGGACCUUAGAAAAUGAGCUUGAAUCCGUUGACAGAUUAAAAUCGAACUGUUACCUUAUUGAGGAUGAUUAGAGCACCCAAACCCAUUUAUUUUCUUUCUCCCUCCCCCCCGAGUGGUUGGGUCAGUAGACACGUAUGUAUCCUGGUAGUAUAUUUAUUGGGGCUGGUGGGAUGUACUUUUAUUUUGGGAUUUAUAGGGGCAGUUGCACAUAGUGGUUCACUGUCAUUUUAUGAGAAGUAGGGAUUUUCCAUGUUUAUCGUUCAAUGUAUGUAUUUAAAACAUAUUUUUGGGGAUUUACUGCCCAUUUAUUUAGAACCUAAACUUCGACCCCCCCCCCCCUGAUGGUGAGUUGGUUAUUUGAAUCAGCUGUGUCACGCUAGGGCAAAAAAACUAAAUGUACACCUGGGGGGCCAAGACCGAGUUUGGGGAAACCCAGGUCUAUGUGGUGUUUAUUGGUGUAAUUAAUUCCAAUCCCAAUCAUGUUUGUCAUUAUUAAUCAUCCAAACUUAGACUAAACGUAAAAUAUCUGUGUCCAUAAAAUGUCAGUGUUGAAAAUGAUUUGUAUUAGAGCUCUGUGGGAUGGACACGGUUUUAUUGGGGAAACAGUGCAUUGGUCUACUAUUUGUAAAAAAUAAAACUACGACUCAA